UUGUGCCACAUCAUCUACAAAUGUCCGAUUUUUAUGAAAAGAAGAAGGAUAUAGAUUUUCAGAAUCACCCCGCUUACAAAAACAGAGCACUAAAUGAUGAUUUUGAUGUCGUUAAUGUGGACGAUCUACCACAACAACACCCUGGAAGCAUGGAUUGUGGUGUAUAUGUGGCAGCUUUUGCUGAAUUCUUGAGCUCGGGUGAAGGCAUUCCAGUCAACAUUGAUUCAAAGUUUCACCGUCAGAGAUAUGGUGCACUUCUUUGCGACUAUGCUUGGGGAAAGGCAAACCAGAAUGCAGAAAGUGAUAACGAGCAACCAGCAAGACCAGUCAGGCCUAUAGUUGAUUACGAUGCAGUGACUAUAGUAGAUGACGUAGAGUAGAUGUUGGGGGUAUAUUAGAUGUUGUUUAGUUUAAGACAUUUUGUCAUGUGUUUUUGAUGUUGAACCUCUGU